GAGAGCUAGUCGGUGAUGUGGGCAGAGACCCAGGGCAGAGACCCAGGGCCGCUCCUUCCGCGGAAACUUGAAGGGUCUAAGUGCAAAGGGCAGCUUUUGAUUUUUGGGGCCACCAACUGGGACUUGAUUGGUCGGAAAGAAGUGCCUAAGCAACAAGCUGCUUACCGCAACCUCGGUCAGAACUUGUGGGGGCCCCACAGAUACGGGUGCCUAUCGGGGGUCCGGGUGCGGACGGUGGUGUCUGGUUCGUGUGCUGCCCACAGCCUCCUCAUCACCACAGAAGGGAAGCUGUGGAGCUGGGGUCGAAAUGAGAAGGGGCAGCUGGGACAUGGCGACACCAAGAGGGUUGAAGCCCCCAGACUCAUUGAGGGUCUCAGCCACGAAGUGAUUGUGUCUGCGGCCUGUGGGCGGAACCACACCCUGGCCUUGACAGAAACGGGCUCCGUGUUUGCAUUUGGAGAGAACAAGAUGGGGCAGCUGGGCCUCGGCAACCAGACGGACGCGGUCCCGAGCCCCGCACAGAUAAUGUACAACGGCCAGCCAAUUACCAAAAUGGCCUGUGGGGCUGAAUUCAGUAUGAUAAUGGACUGCAAGGGGAACCUGUAUUCCUUCGGGUGCCCUGAAUACGGGCAGCUGGGGCACAACUCGGACGGAAAGUUCAUUGCCCGGGCGCAGCGGAUAGAGUACGACUGCGAGCUGGUGCCCCGGCGCGUGGCCAUCUUCAUCGAGAAGACGAAAGAUGGGCAGAUCCUGCCCGUCCCAAACGUGGUCGUCCGAGACGUGGCCUGCGGCGCCAACCACACGCUGGUGCUGGACUCCCAGAAGCGCGUCUUCUCCUGGGGCUUCGGUGGCUACGGCCGGCUGGGCCACGCCGAGCAGAAGGACGAGAUGGUACCCCGCCUGGUGAAGCUGUUCGACUUCCCUGGACGUGGGGCGUCCCAGAUCUACGCCGGCUACACCUGCUCCUUUGCAGUCAGCGAAGUGGGUGGUCUGUUUUUCUGGGGGGCCACGAACACAUCUCGUGAAUCUACCAUGUACCCGAAGGCCGUGCAGGACCUCUGCGGCUGGAGAAUCCGGAGCCUGGCUUGUGGGAAGAGCAGCAUCCUCGUGGCUGCGGACGAGAGCACCAUCAGCUGGGGCCCGUCGCCGACCUUCGGGGAGCUGGGCUAUGGGGACCACAAGCCCAAGUCUUCCACGGCAGCUCAAGAGGUGAAGACGCUGGACGGCGUUUUCACGGAGCAGGUCGCCAUGGGCUACUCGCACUCCUUGGUGAUAGCGAGAGACGAAAGCGAGACCGAGAAGGAGAAGAUCAAGAAACUGCCAGAGUAUAACCCGCGGACCCUCUGAUUCUCCGCAUCUCCUCCAACUCACCCUCGCGGCAGCUGUCAUUCCGUGUGCACUGGGACGGGAGGUCGAAGGAGGAAGCGGGAAGAGCGGAAGCUGAUCGAAGGUGCAUUUGCGUUAGCCUCCCUGAGGUUCCGUUUCAUCAGUGAUCCAACGUCAACUACCUUUUCUGUAUGCUUUCCAAAGUGUUUUUUUUUUCUCUUAAUGUUUAAUUAAAAUAUUUGCUCAUAGUUGACUUACCAUUCCUACAAAAGAGGCAGAAACUUUGAGCAAUGUAGGUUUUUUAAGUUGUUUUUUCCCCCUUUUUCUCAAAACCCCCCUUUCCAGUUAUACUUAUUAGCAUUGUGAUCCGAGUGGGUGCUGCCUGGAGAGGAGUCACCAUUUACUCAGAAAAAAACAUCCUUUCUGGGACCGGCAGCAUCCAGGCAGAUGGUCCCUGGUGGUCGGUCUCUAUCCAGAAUCGUGCGUGUGCUGUGGGAGCGUCUGGGUCACUUCCCACCCGCUUUUCUCGUCGCCCGACUGAGGCUGGUGUGUGUGCUGAUUCUCCCCUGGCUCCUCGGAAGCCCCCGCCGCCUUCCGGCUGCGGCAUUAAUGGACUCUACGGUUCCCCCCUGGUGGGGGCUCCGGGGUCUGUGUUUAGCCAUUUGUAUUUACUUUAGCUGUAAAAGAAGUCCAAAUGGAAAUCAGGUGAUCGUGGAAUCAGUGGGGAUUCGGGGUGGCAGACGUGGGGACAGUGCGUCUGGUUCAGGACCUGGCUUUAAGGCUCCUGCCAUGAGCCAGGCCCACCUUGCCAGCACUCGCCAUUAGAGAUUGGUCAGCCAGCAGUAAGAAGUGCAUCUUGGAGUCCUUGCAAGGAAGGGCCAGCCCCCGGGGACCCGCCUCUGUUGCCUGUGCUUAUCUUUGCUCCCCCGCUGGCUGGGUCCUCCCGGAAGGGCCCGGUCUAUCCUGGACGCGGCCUCCUGUUCUGCUCACGCAGCUCUCUAGUCACGUUUGCUUGGCUGUGGUACCAAAUAGGAGGGGUUCCUGAAGAAGUCCCCCUUGCCCAAGUGUCGGCGCGGACGCCGCGAUGUCGCCCCGGUCCCCGCUGAGCUCGCCGCUGGUGUGGCGCUGCCCCGCGUGAGUUACGAGGUGCCUUUCCCGGAACCCUCCUCUCACUUGGACCCAAAAGAGGCGACAGCUCUGGCUGGGGCUCUUGGUUUUGAGAGGGUCUGGACUGGUUUGGGUGCUUUAAAAUAGAUCUUUUAGUUCAGUGGUGCUUAUGGGGGAGACGGGGAUAGAAUUCAGUGUGAGACUUGGGUGGAUGGGAAAGUUAAAUACUGGUCUUUUUUAUUUUUAUUCUUUUGCUUUGCUAUUGUUACCACUUGUCAUUGUCUCGAUGUUAAAAUGCCAAAAAUGAUCUAGUCGUUGUUGCUUUUUUCCCUACUCGUCCCCCCGUCAGUCCUUAUGGUGGCUCUGCCUUUGCCCGGUGUGGAACAGUAUCUGUCCUGGCCAGUCCCAAGGCCUCGAGUAAGGAGACUGGCCUGCAUCUUUCUAAGAGUUAGUCUGACCUUACGCUCAUUGCUCCUGUCCUGCGUUCGUCAAUAGUCCAGGGGAGAAGCUUCUGCAACUCCAGAGCUUCUGUUAAACGAACCUAAUUUGUCCAAAUCACCCCCCAACCACCAUCUCUGACUCAAGCUUCCAUGUGUGGAACCCAUCAGUUUCCCCGGUCAGGUCUCUGUCCUGGAACGCAGCUCAGGUGCACGUGCCCGCACAGCCUCCCUUGGGUUGUGUGGUCACCGAGGGGGCUGAGGGAGCUGUGGCCCGGCUCCUGGCCUUUGCAGGAGCUGCCCUGGCUGCGCGGGGCUCCGUCCUCCGUGCUGUAGUCUGAAGCCCACUGCCAGCUCCUCCUGGAACCCUUGCCAGGGACUGGCGCAGGAAAGGGACGGACCUGCCUGGGGAGCCUGCCCCUCGCCCACGAUCAUUCCUUCUGGCCUAGAGUUUUACAGUGCACUUCCUGGUAGAGAAAAUCCUUUAGAACCAGGAAUUGGGCUGCGGCCUGCACUCCGAGAGAAAGGGACGGUGACACGGGCUGGGCGUGUGCUUUGUGCUGACCCCUCGGGCAUCUGACAUGUCUUCCAGCUCAGGAAGAAGAGGCUUAGAGUGAAGGGGAGCCCAAGGAGAGGCUGUGAUUUGGUCGAAGGUGCCUGGUUUAGUGCUGUAAUUGUCUUAUUUUUUUUUUAUAUAUAUAUUUCUUGGAGUAAACAUUUUAAAUAAAUGACAUCGUUGUUUACUCUG